AUGUUAAAAUCAGCAAUCACAAAACCUCGAGUGAUUUUCUCGGGCAUUCAACCAACGGGCAUACCUCACCUCGGAAAUUAUGCCGGCGCACUUCGACAAUGGGUUAAGCUACAAGAAAAGCAUAAAGAAGACAAGCUCAUCUACUCUAUUGUAGAUCUCCACGCUAUAACGACACCUCAGCCGGCGGAUGUGCUAAGGAAGAGCAAGAGGGAGGCAUUGGCUGCCUUGUUGGCAAUUGGUACUGAUCCUGAGAAAGUUACUCUGUUCUAUCAGUCUUCUAGCAAACUCAACAUUAGUGACAAGUCGAACAUGAACGAUAAAGCAGCCAGUAACCUUAAGCUCGGCCUGUUUUCAUAUCCCGUUCUUCAAGCCGCCGAUAUUCUUGUGCACAGAGCAACUCAUGUUCCCGUUGGUGAAGAUCAGAGACAACAUCUCGAGUUCGCGCGAGAGUGCGUGACAAAUUUCAACGCAGCUUAUGGCAACCAUCUAGUAUCCCCCCAAACUACCACCUCUCCUGUGCAACGGGUGAUGUCUCUCCAGAACCCAACAGAGAAAAUGUCAAAGUCCAGCAAGUCACCGAAAUCACGAAUCAGCAUCAUCGACUCGCCUGAAGAGAUCAAGACCAAAAUCAAAGCUGCAACAACAGACUCCAUCCCGGGGAUAAAUUACAACAGAGAAGAACGACCAGGAAUCUCGAAUCUGCUUGAUAUCAUGGCCAUUUUCGAUCCAGAGGGGAGAAAGGCCCAAGAGCUUGGAGAGCAGUAUAGCGAUCUUUCACCCAAGCAGCUCAAGGACAUGGUCAGUGAUGCUGUUAUUGGUGGGUUAGAUGGUAUUCGUGAUCGGUAUACCGAGCUCCUGGAUAAGGGGGAUAAGUACCUCGAUUCGAUUGAGGCAAUUGGUGCUGAAAAGGCACGGAAGAGUGCUGAGGAAACCAUGCAGGUUGUCCGAGAGGCUGUUGGGCUAUAA